AUGACUAUGUUUCUGAAGCCUCUCGUCUUCUUACAAGAUUCAUUUCUUGCCUUCCUUUCUAUAAUGCAUGGAGGGAGUUCUGAAGAUGCAGCUGUAGCCCCCAAGAGGCUUGAAGCAUCCAUAAAUGGCGUGAGGAUAAGCAUCGAAACGACCUGGAUACGUCAAACGAGGAGUUUUCUUAUAGUUCCAGUAUUCAAGUUUUUGGUGGCUGUCUGUUUGAUUGUCUCUCUCUUAGUUUUCGUAGAAGGUGUUUACAUGAACCUCGUAGUACUCUAUGUCAAGUUAUUUAAGAGAAAACCAGAAAAAGUCUAUAAAUGGGAGCCGAUGCAAGAGGAUAUCGAGGUUGGACAUGAAACCUACCCCAUGGUCCUUGUACAAAUCCCUAUGUACAACGAAAAAGAGGUUCUUCAACUGUCUAUAGGUGCUGCAUGUAGACUAAUAUGGCCAUUGGACCGCAUAAUUGUUCAAGUUUUAGAUGAUUCCACUGAUGAAACCAUCAAGGAGCUGGUGAACACGGAAUGUGGAAAAUGGGAAAGCAAAGGCAUAAACAUAAAGUGUGAGAGGAGAGACAACAGAAAUGGCUACAAAGCUGGAGCUCUUAAACAAGGCAUGAAGCACAACUACGUGAAGCUAUGCGACUAUGUCGCCAUUUUCGACGCAGACUUCCAACCGGAGCCUGAUUACCUCCAACGCUCUAUCCCCUUCCUUGUUCACAACCCUGAGGUCGCUCUCGUUCAAGCCCGAUGGAGAUUCAUGAACGCAAACAAGUGCUUGAUGACGAGGAUGCAGGAGAUGUCCCUCAACUAUCACUUUAUGGCAGAGCAAGAAUCUGGAUCCACUAGACAUGCCUUCUUUAGCUUUAAUGGAACUGCGGGUGUAUGGAGAUUGGCGGCGAUGGAAGAAGCUGGAGGAUGGAAUGAUCGGACCACCGUUGAGGACAUGGACUUAGCCGUUCGUGCCGGUCUUCUCGGAUGGAAAUUUGUCUUCCUCAAUGACCUCACGGUGAAAAGCGAGCUACCGAGCAAAUUUAAGGCCUUUAGAUUCCAGCAACAUCGAUGGUCUUGUGGUCCAGCCAAUCUCUUCAGGAAAAUGAUUGUGGAAGUUAUUCGCAAUAAGAGAGUGACGAUUUGGAAGAAGUUGUAUCUGAUCUACAGCUUCUUUUUCUUACGAAAGAUCAUAGUCCACUUCUUCACUUUCUUCUUCUACUGCGUUAUUCUUCCUACAAGCGUGUUCUUCCCCGAAGUCAACAUUCCAGCUUGGUCAACUUUCUACAUUCCUUCACUGAUCACUCUCUUCAUCGUCAUUGCAACACCAAGAUCAUUUUAUCUCGUGAUAUUUUGGGUUUUGUUUGAAAACGUAAUGUCUAUGCACCGGACAAAGGGAACUUUCAUCGGAGUACUUGAAGGAGGAAGAGUGAACGAAUGGGUUGUCACUGAGAAACUAGGAGAUGCUCUUAAGACUAAGCUACUUCCCCAUAUUGGAAAACCCCGUAACAUGUUUCUCGAAAGAAUAAACUCAAAAGAGAUCAUUGUGGGGAUAUACUUAUUGUGUUGUGCUUGCUAUGGACUUGCCUUUGGGAACACAUUGUUAUAUCUCUAUCUCUUCAUGCAAGCUGCUGCUUUUCUCGUCUCUGGAGUUGGCUUUGUUGGAACUUAG